AUGUCUGAAUUAUCAAGUCAAUCAUCCACUCCGGGGCGGGCCAUGGCCCAAUUCACCCACAACACCAUCAUGGGGGUGAAUUUUGAAACCACGUCAAGAUACAGCCAGCUGGAACCCAUCGGGGUCGGUGUAUCAGGUCUGGUCUGUUCGGCCAACGACCAAAUUUCGAACCGGACUGUGGCCGUGAAGAAGCUCGCGGAGCCUUUCCAGUCCGCCGUGGUCGCCCAGCACAUGUUUCGUGAGAUCAAAUUAUUGAAACAGCUGAAACAUGAAAACCUCAUUCAACUCUACGACAUCUUUAUCUCUCCCUCCGAAGACAUUUAUCUCGUCACCGAAUUGAUGGCUACCGAUCUUCAUACUCUUCUGAAGACCAGGAAAGUCGACAACCAGUUCACCCAAUACUUCCUAUACCAAAUGAUGCGCGGUCUGAAAUACGUCCACUCAGCCGGUGUCAUCCACCGCGAUCUCAAACCGAGCAACAUCCUAGUCAACGAGAACUGCGAUCUGAAGAUCUGCGACUUUGGGCUUGCCCGUGUCCAAGAGAGCCAAAUGACGGGCUAUGUCUCCACACGAUACUACCGAGCACCCGAGAUCAUGCUCACCUGGCGACGAUACAACGAGAAGGUCGAUAUCUGGAGCGUAGGCUGCAUCUUUGCCGAGAUGAUACUGGGACGUCCUCUUUUCCCGGGCAAGAACCACAUCGAUCAGUUCUGCGUGAUUACCCAAUUACUGGGAAGCCCGCCCCCCAGUGUGAUGGACAAUGUGACCAGUCCAAAUACUUUGGAAUUCAUCCGCUCGCUUCCUAAGCGCCCUCGAAAGCCCCUCUCGAAGCUCAUCCCGGGCACCAACGCAAAGGCUAUUGCCCUACUGGAGAAACUCCUUCAAAUCGACCCCGACCAACGCUGUUCCGCAGCCGAGGGUUUAGAAUCGCAGUAUCUCGCCCCAUACCACGACCCCGAUGACGAGCCCGACUCCGAAGAAAAGUUUGACUGGUCAUUCAGCGAAGCAAACCUACCAGCCGAUGUCUGGAAGACCAUCAUGUACGCCGAAGUCCUCAAUUAUCACGAAUCAGCCGGUGGCUCGACACAACUCUCACCGCAAAUGGGCGGAAUGGAUUUAAGUUAA